CGUCAGAACGCACGUGCCGUGCCCGAAGUAUCUAUCAUAAAUCGCGCUAGAUUUUUUAGAAAGUUUCAAAACUACGAAACGUGAACGCGUGUGUUAUUAUUAAUUAUUAUUUAUCACAAAAUCGAUUGCAAAGUGUUGUUGUUACUGUGUUAUUGUGAGGAAUUGCGUACAUGAUACUAGGAAGCUGACCAAAGGCCAACCGAGAUGCUUAUAACAGAGACCUCGCCUUCGUCGCCGAUGGGCGACGAGAAGGAGUCCAAAAUGAGUCAAAUACAGUUUUCACCGCCAUUCGAGAAACAAGAAAGCACGGCGUGGCAGAAGCGGCAGCAGGCGGUGUGUGUGCGACACGCUUUCAAACAUUACGGCUCCAAGAAGAGACCGAACCAUGUGCUCAGUAACUUGAACAUGACAGUAUCCAAGGGAACAAUAUAUGGCCUACUCGGCGCUUCAGGCUGCGGCAAAACAACACUUCUAUCGUGCAUAGUGGGCCGGCGGUCGCUCAACAGUGGUGAAAUAUGGGUCCUGGGGGGCAAGCCGGGGACCAAAGGGUCUGGUGUACCUGGCAAACGUGUGGGCUACAUGCCGCAGGAAAUCGCCCUAUAUGGAGAGUUCACCAUAAAAGAAACCAUGAUGUACUUCGGCUGGAUAUUUGGCAUGGAGACCAGGGAGAUUGCGGAGAGGCUGCGGUUUCUACUGGACUUCUUGGACUUACCCAGCGAGAACAGGAUGGUUAAAAAUCUUAGUGGUGGUCAACAGCGACGUGUGUCGUUCGCGGUGGCCCUGAUGCACGACCCUGAGCUGCUGAUCCUGGACGAGCCGACCGUCGGGGUGGAUCCCCUACUGCGGCAGUCCAUCUGGAUGCACCUGGUCCGCAUCACCAGCUCCGGUGAUAAGACCGUCAUCAUCACCACCCAUUACAUCGAGGAGGCGCGGCAGGCGCAUUGCAUCGGUCUAAUGAGGAGCGGUAAACUGCUGGCGGAGGAGUCACCUCAAGCACUGCUAACGAUGUACAGCUGCAUUUCUUUAGAAGACGUGUUCCUCAAGCUGUCCAGGAAACAAGCUGGCCAAGGCAAUAAUGUGGUGGAACUAAACGUGUCCGGUGGUAGUCUCGGCCUGAACAAGAUGUCCAAGCGCGAGGAGGCGCCGUACGCCGCCGAGGACGAGCACGUGGUCGGGCUCAACUUCCAGGCCAUCAACCAGAGCAAGGAGGUUCUGAUCGUAGAGAACGGUGUCGGAUCCAACGGGGAUCUCCCUGGCAAGAUGACGGAGGCUGUGACGAAUGAGUGCAAAGACUGUGGAGACUGUUUUAACCUGACGUCCCGCGGGAAGAUAAAAGCACUGAUCCAGAAGAACUUCCUGCGGAUGUGGCGCAACAUCGGCGUGAUGCUGUUCAUCUUCGUGCUGCCCGUCAUGCAGGUCAUUCUGUUCUGUUUGGCCAUCGGCAGGGAUCCGACUGCUCUGAAACUGGCCAUAGUGAACGAGGACGCGCGUCUGAUAGACGGCGAGUGCCGGUUCAACUCGUCGUGCUCGAUGAAGAACCUGUCGUGCCGGUACCUGAGCUUCCUGACGGAGCACACGCACCAGAUCCAGUACGCCAACCUCAGCGCUGCGCAGCGCGCCGUGCGCGAGGGCGACGCCUGGGGCGUGCUCUACUUCAACGAGAACUACACCGACUCGCUCGUCGCCAGGCUCGCGCUCGCCGACACGGCCGACGAGGAGACGGUGCACCUGUCAGAUAUCCAGGUGUGGCUGGACAUGUCCAACCAACAGAUCGGCCUCAUGCUCAACAGGGACAUACAGUACGCAUACAGGGACUUCGCUCAGGAUCUACUGGAGGUUUGCAAGUAUAAUCCGAAGCUGGGCGACAUACCUAUAGAGUUCCUGGACCCCAUAUACGGCAACAAGGAUCCCUCGUUCACGGACUUCGUUGCUCCUGGUGUUAUUCUCACGAUCGUGUUCUUCCUGGCGGUGGCGCUGACGUCGUCGGCGCUGAUCGUGGAGCGCAUGGAGGGGCUGCUGGACCGCUCGUGGGUGGCGGGCGUGUCGCCGGGGGAGAUCCUGUUCUCGCACGUGGUCACGCAGUUCGUGGUCAUGUGCGGCCAGACCGCGCUCGUGCUCAUCUUCAUGAUCCUCGUGUUCGGCGUCGAGAACAACGGCAACAUCGUCUACGUCAUCAUGCUCACCAUCAUGCAAGGCCUGUGCGGCAUGUGCUUCGGGUUCGUGAUAUCGGCGGCGUGCGAGCUGGAGCGCAACGCCAUCCAGCUGGCGCUGGGCUCGUUCUACCCGACGCUGCUGCUGAGCGGCGUCAUCUGGCCCAUCGAGGGCAUGCCGCUGGUGCUGCGCUACGUGUCGCUGUGCCUGCCCCUCACGCUGGCCACCAACUCGCUGCGCUCCAUCCUCACGCGCGGCUGGCCCUUCACCGACCCCGACGUCUACAUGGGCUUCGUGGCCACGCUGGUCUGGAUCGCCGUCUUCCUCACGCUCACGCUCACCAUCCUCAAGGUCAAGAAGAACUGACCCGCCCGCUCCGCCCGACCUGCCCGACCGCCGCGCACCGACCGAGAUGUCCCGCUCCGCAUCUCUCGUUAGAAAUAUCCAUAAUUGUAAAAAAUGAAAUUAUUCAGCAAAUUUCCUUGAAUAUCCACGAGGCCCCUCGGUCUGUAUCUCGAACGGGGAACGUUUCGGCGACGUCGUCGAUGGCGUUGUGAAACGUGAGCCCUCCCGUCGCCCGCUCCGCGGUCGUCCAGUUUACCUAAGCAUAUCGGUCUUUGCUCAAACCGCUACGAACGAGUCGAGUGCGUCCUCCUCGUAGCCGAACGACUGUUAGUCCGUCCUGUAAAUAGUAGUUUUGUAUUUAUGAUAAGUUAAUAUAGAGUACGCGCGUACUCGACGAGGUGGAUUGUUAGCCGAUCGGGAAUGUUAGCGAUAAUGAUCGGUCGAACGCUUAGGGUAUUCGUUUCAUAGACUUUCUGGUAGAGGCGUAAGUUUACGAGAUACCUGUUAAUUGAGUUACCGUAGAUUAAGAUGGUGCCAUAGUGAUGGUGAUUUUUUUAACUGUCGAAAAUAAUGUAAACGUGCAACGAUAAUUCUCCAAUACGAAAUGGCUUUAUGUCCUCGCGACGUGUAGUUAGAUACUCGGCAAAUCAACUAAAGGAACGUAAUCGAUUCACCGACCUGUGUACUUAAAAAUACCGUUCCCUCCGAUUGUUAUUUGCCAAUUGUAAAGAUCUUAUGAAACUUCAAUUAUGUUGCGAGAUGAAAUCAAAAGUGUUGCCAUCAAAAUGAUAAUCUUUAUUUUGACUAAAAUAGUGAAAUCAUUAUCUGUCAUAAUUAUCGUAAGAUACGCGCCAUCUUCUGGUAAGAACGUCAAAAUCAUGUUUCGAUUAUUAUAAUGAAUAAUUGUCACUGUUGGUCACGCUUUAUUUAAUGUUAUGUUAAAUGUGAUCAGGAUUGUAUAAAAUUGUAAUGUUAUUUAUCCGUUUAAUAAUCGUUUAAAUGUAAUAAAAUGAUGGCUCAAUUAAACCAACGGCUUUAAUUUAUAUGUAAAUAAAUGAAAUGUCUCAAAUAAAUUAUUUUAAAUAUUCAUUUUCUAUAAACCAUACACUCCUGGUCAUGUUUUUAUCUAAUUUUAUUAUGUACAGUAAAUAAGGUCUAUGUGUUUCUUGGAUUAAGUAUAUCUGACUUUUAAUUAUAAGUUAUCGUCAAUUAGAUAAAGAUGGAUGCUUACGCUGUCCUUGUCAUUAAAACAUGGCGGGUAAUGACACUACUACGAUCUAGAUUUUUACUCCACACGUGAAUUUAUAUAUCAUUUCAUUUCACAUUUAUGUAUGACAUUCAAUAAUUUAUAUGAUAAAUAGAAAAUUAAGUUUUAUUAAUAAAAAUGUAUCGUUAAAAUAGUUAUAUAAAUGACAUAAUGUAUAAUAGCCAAAAUCUAUAUAAAUGAAUGAGUUUACAACAUUGCUGGACAAAGUGUAGUUAUCUUUUUAUUUUCUGUUCAUUUUUGUUUCUGUUACUAUUUAUUGACACAUAUAUCUCUUCUUAGUAUGUUUAUUAUUGAAAUAUAUAUCGAUUGUAUCUGAAUUCACGUUGUACACGUGUAUGUAGUUAAAAGUGUCAGACUGUGAUUAUUUUUGCUAACAUUGACAUAUUUUUUUAUAAUAAAAUGACAAUUAUACGAUAAUACUUGUACCAAUAAUGCCUUUAC